AUGGCGUGAUGCUCGAGUCGCUCGAGGUUGGCCGCUUCGAGAUUGAGACCUGCUGGGAGCGCGGAGCGAGACGGCCGCCCUUGACCAUCUCGAUGGAUGUCCACUUCGCAGCCCGCGCCGACUUUGACGCCGAUGAUGCAUUCUUCAGCCUCUCCCUCGCCUCCGGCACGGCGCACGUCGAGGGGAAGGGCCGACUGACGCUCGAGGCCAACCCGGCCAACCUAGACCACCUCAUCAUCGCGUGCGCCGCGGCGUUUGACGACGACGACGUGACUGCGACGGUGGAGGGCCUGCACGGGCUCGCCUUCGACGCAAAGGCGAUCCUCCACCAGCUCGUCGACUUCAACCAGGUGCUCUGCCACGGCCGAGCGCACGGCGCCGUCUACGAGUUUGACGGCGGCCGCCACUUUCGCGGUGUGCCCGCUGAGGUCAAUGGGGUCCUGAAUGCGCACGUUCCUUUCGUGCACCGAAUGUUGGGCGCCGCGCUGCUGGUGCUGGUGCCAGUCUUUGCCGCCCUUGUCCUCGCCAGUCUCCGCAGCCUCGUCGGCGGGCGCUUUCCCGACUCUGGCGUCUCUCAGCAGCUCCCUCGCGGGACGGUGCCCCCAGCCUCGCGCUGCAAGACGUGGAACCGCGCCGCAUUUUGCGCCGCCGCCGCGGCUUGCGUCGCCAGUCUCUUGGUUCUGCUCGGCUUGUUCUACUCCAUGACUGAGGAUGGGGGGAGGGCGGGAUCGGAUGAGAGGUGAGAGCUUUUCUUGAGGAUGAGAGGUCAGUU